AUGUUUAAGCAUUACCAAAAAGUGGUGAAGAGAAUUAUGAAUGCCAGGUAUGAAAAUGAAAGCUUCGUGUCAACAGAUUCAGACAAAAACUGCGAUGAGGAAAAUUCAGCACUUCUAGAUAAUACAGGGGCGCAAGGAAUGAACGAGAGGAAAUCCAAAAAAUCGAACAAUGAUAAUAAGAAAUACAAAUAUUACGAAAACUUUUUUAACAAAAAGAGAAAUAAAAAAUGGAAUUAUUUUAUGAUAUUUUUUGUGGGCAUAUGUUUUGGCUUUGCCAUUUGGCCAUUCUUCAUGACCAUAAUAACGUAUAAAUUAUUUUACAAAGAUAAUUUUAACAACUCCAAUUUUAACACGAGCAACAAUUCAUCAUCCUUGAAACCCUAUGGAAAUGACAGAAAUAAAAAAGGUGAAAAUGGAAAGGUGUCUGUAAAAGAUUUGCCCCAGAAAAAUUCCUCUCCCCAUUUUAGGCCUAUCCGAUUUGAAGAAAUCGCAGGAAUUGAUGAAUCAAAGUUGGAACUGCUGGAAGUUGUUGAUUUUAUAAGGAAUAGAGAAAAGUACCAAGAAAUGGGCGCAAGAAUGCCUAAGGGAGUUCUUCUUGUUGGUCCUCCAGGGUCAGGAAAAACCAUGCUAGCUAGGGCAGUAGCCACAGAAGCAAAUGUCCCAUAUAUAUAUACGUCUGGGCCAGAGUUUAUCGAGAUAUAUGUAGGGCAAGGAGCAAAAAGAAUAAGACAAUUAUUUGCACACGCAAGAUCGGUUGCUCCAUCGAUUGUUUUUAUUGAUGAAAUUGAUGCCAUAGGAGGCAAGAGAAGUUCUGGUUCUGUGAAUGGUGCUGGUCAGAGAGAACAUGAUCAAACGCUUAACCAGUUGUUAGUAGAAAUGGAUGGGUUCAGCAACACUGUCCAUAUUAUGGUUAUAGGUGCAACCAAUCGAAUUGAUACUUUAGAUAGCGCGCUACUGCGACCUGGAAGAUUCGAUCGAAUCGUUUAUGUCCCCCUACCUGAUGUUAAUGGAAGAAAAAGGAUCUUAGAAAUUUAUAUCAAAAAGAUUAAAAGCGAUUUAAAAGCAGAAGAUAUUGAAAAAAUGGCUAGAUUGACUCCUGGAUUUUCAGGGGCAGAUUUAGAAAAUGUGGUAAAUGAAGCAACCAUCCUGGCUACAAGAAAUAAAAAGAGUGUUGUUACCAUUGGAGAAUUGUUUGAAGCUAGAGAUAAAGUUUCCAUGGGUCCAGAGAGAAAAUCUUUAAGACAAUCUGACCAUCAGAGAAGAAUUACUGCUUAUCAUGAAGCGGGACAUGCAAUCGUGGCGUACUUUCUUCAACCCCAAACGGACCCAAUACAUAAGGCUACCAUUAUCUCAAGAGGCAAUGCACUUGGGUACGUAGAACAAAUACCAGUGGAUGAUAGACACAACUAUUUUAAAAGCCAAAUGGAAGCAAAAUUGGCCGUUUGUAUGGGUGGAAGAACUGCAGAAGAAAUCGUUUUUGGAAAAUCUGAAACGAGUAGUGGUGCUUCUAGUGAUAUUUCUAGAGCUACCGAAAUUGCUUACAAAAUGGUAACAGAGUGGGGAAUGUCAGACAAACUGGGCCCACUGAAUUACAAGAAAAGAAUGGGAGAUGGAUACUCUUCAAAUCGAUUAUCAGCUAAAACUAUUUCCACCAUUGAAGUGGAGGUGAAGGCGCUCGUAGAGAAGGGCAAAAGCUUAUCCGAAGAAAUACUGAGAAGACACAGAAAGGAGUUGGACAAUUUAGCCUUUGCACUCCUCGAUAAAGAAACUCUCUCUGGAGAGGAAAUAAAGAAAAUUAUUGACCCAAAUAACACGAGGGAUUACUCGGGCAAAGUGCCUGCUGUAACAAAGGCCACCAAAUCGGACAACACUUCAAGCGGAGCAGAAAAGGACAAGGCGGGGAAAAAGUCCACACCUGGAGAAGGAAGCAGCAAAAAUGACCGACAUGAAGAGAAACAGGCCAAUGAAGGAAUCUCCACUGAAGAACUCAAAAAUUCUAGCAGUGAAGAUGUACUUAACAAAAAGGGAACAACUGGUGAAGGGGAGAAGCAUGGACAUACAGCCACCGCAGACAAUGAGAAAAUCGAAAUUAUCAGGAAAAACGUCCAAAAGGAAAUCAAAAAGAUAAAGAAGAAAUACACGAAAGACCCCAAUGUUAAAAAUAACAAAAUACUGAAAGUUGUGAAUGAGCAUAAACCUUACGACCCUGAUAGGAAGGCGGAUGGGGGAAAUUCCCAAAAUGAAAAUGACAAAAAUGGCUCAAAUGGUUCAUUGGGAAAAAUGGAUCAACGCAGCUACCCGAAGGGACACUCGCCCGACGGAGACAAUAACAACAGCGUUGUAAAAAAUAUGAGUGAAGUGUUUGGCAAGGAUUUUCCUUCCCACUCCGAACAAAACGGCGAUAACGAAAGCCCCGAUUUUGUAAAAACGAACGAAAUGACCCUUAACAAUUUCAAGGAAGCCGUGGACACGUCGCACAUAAUGAACGUCGGUGAAAUGAAGAAGUUUAACAUUUUUGAGCACAACUUGAGCAAACUUUUCCUCUUUGACAUUUUUGGCAGCUAG